UGCGUCUUCGCGCAGCACCACGUAAUUAAUUUUAGUGUUUUUAGAGAAACUCUUUUUUAACUGUUCGGGACAAAUAUAUUCUGAACAAUAUACGUUACUGAAUAUUCCGGAACACCACACACAGCAGAGAAAACAAAAUGGCGGGGUUUCACCAGACUCAGAACUCAGUGGAGAUGCCCCGAGGGUUCUACCUGCUGGAGGAGCUUGAACAAGGACAGAAGGGCAACGGUGAUGGCACAAUCAGUUGGGGCUUGGAGGAUGAAGAUGAUAGACUCUUAAGCAGAUGGACUGGCACUAUCAUUGGACCACCCAGGUCACCAUUUGAGGGAAGAAUUUACAACCUGCGAAUUUACUGUGGUGAAAACUACCCUGAUGAAUGCCCAACUUUGAGAUUCGUUACUAAAGUCAAUUUGAACUGUGUAGAUUCUAAAGGAGUGGUUGAUCUAAAAAAGCUUGAGGACUGUAAACACAAUGGGCGAUUCUGCCUUAAAACGAUACUGCUUUCUUUACGGAGACUGAUGUCAUCUAAGGACAACUGUAAACACUCACAGCCCUCGGAAGGAUGCACCUACAACUAACCAGAGACAAUAUGACGGUUCACUUUGCAGUGUUUCUCUUGACAUCGCGCAACAUCUCAGCAUCAUCUUUUCCCGAAAAGGUUGAUGUGGGUCAUUUUAUGGGUGUAACAAUAUUGUUUGAGAUGCAGUUGUCGGGUUAAGCUGUCGCACGUAAGGAUAGAUAUUUGAGCAUGGCACCCUGUACCUGUCACUAUUGACAUAUCACAUUGCCAAGAUGUAGAGAAUUGAUUGACGAUGGAACACAAAGGGAAUAACGAUUCUUUGUAAAAGAUUUUGUGUAGCCAUGUUUCCCAUGUCAUGUGUAAAUUUCUGAUGAACACUUUGCUUUUGUAUUUGUCAUUAACUUUAUUGUUAUGUGCUCAUAGCUUUUCCUUUCUGAAUAAUAUUGUGAGAGGUGUUAUUUUUGGACUUUUAGAUUUUUACUGUACAUAGUAUAUGUCCAUCUGUUUCUAAGGAUGGCUUCCUUUCAAAUCCAUGGCCAUGUACAUUCUAUGGUUUCUUUGUUCAAGAACAGAAUCUCUUCUGUAAAAUAACAACUGGUUAGUCCUACUUCAGAAAACUGAGCCAAUUAACUUUCGUCUAUUUGUACAAUUUCCUGUAUUUAUUCAAUAUCCACAUGGGAGGUAUGUGUCCAUUUUCGAAGCUAGUUCCUCGGUGUACUAAAUAAAAGCUUCUCACCUUAAUAGUGUUGUACAUGUAGAAAGUCAUCAUAAGACUUCUGAUGUCUCACACAUGGGCACUACAUGUUCAAUCCUUGUGUUGUUUUGUUUGAGUUGGUUCAGUUACACAACUGGGCUCUGUCUUGUGUUUUACAUCACCUCAGUUCCGAGGGUUUGCCACAUGUCACGUGACAAAGAUUGUUUGAUUUCUCAAGUUCGAUAUCGGACCUCCAGAGAAGGUUCUCAGCAGUCAUGGGUCCGUUUCGGUACUAGAUAUUCCAGAUUGUGUGUUACCUCUGUUACGCCUUAGCCAUUUGUUUGUAUUUUUCUCUUUCACGUGUUCUGUUUGGAAUUAAUGUCAAUGAUUGUCACAUUUCAGUCUUGAUUCUCUUUGAAGACCUGUUCAAUAUAACCACGGUUUACCAAAGAUGCUUAUUUCACACGUGUAGAAGGCCAGUGAUGCACUCAGGAUUCUUUGUACAUGUCUUUAGUAUUAUCUUUCGUUGUCAGUCUUUUCAAUCUUUCAUCUGUCCUUUAGAUGUUUGCUCUUUCUCUUGAGUGCAUCACUGAAAAGUACAAAAUAUUCUGUUGGGCACCACUGCGUCACCCGCAAAGUCCUUGGGCAUUUGUCUGUUUCUUAACUUGGUUCUUUUACGAAACGUGUUAGUGGUAAUUAAGUGUUAGCCAGUUUAUUGCCUAGAUAUACACAACAGUGCCAAAGCACUUUAUAAAGGGCAUUACACCAGGAAGACAAGUGUCUUAUGCCCUAAUUUUGGACCCUGGAUAUGACAGGUUAAAAUUUGUUCCUGAAACCUUGGAUUGGCAUGUGAUCACACUCCGUGAUUAAGUCCAUUGUGUGUAAGCUGAAAGCAAAUGGGUGCCCAUCUGAUCCAGACUUGUUUACAAGCCUCCACCAUAUAGCUGGAAUAUUGCUGAGUGUGGUGUAAACAGAAAUCGUGGCACUGUCAGUUUCAGCAUGUUGGUAAUUCAGUACUAUUGUUGUGUGCUGGAACAGUAAUACUAAUGUAAAUCAUUGUCUACUUGACAAAUACCCUUGGAGUUUGAGGGUGCCAUGUGUUAAGAUCAUAUCGAUAUACAUUGUAUUUAACUUGUAAUGCCCAUGUAAUUUGCAUGUAACCAAUAUUUCCACUUAGUGAUGCUUCAGCUCUGUGAAUAAGUAAUCUGGAACAUGUGAAAUUUCAGUAUUGUUGGUACGCAUUGAGGGGUUAGAAAUGUCGCUGAAUGGGUGAUCAAAAUUAUAUUUAAUUGGAUCCAGGCUAUGCAGAAUGGUCAAUUUCUGAAGAAAACAAACGGUCACAUAAUUGUCAAAUUUAUUGUUCUUAAAACAUAUUUUUUUAAAUUUUCUUAAUUGACAAAUUUCAAAUCAGGUAUUUAAAUCAGUGCUAUUUUCAUGAGCUUACUCGGGAGAAAAAAACAACAGUGACCAUAGAUCAUUGAGCAAAAUUCCACUUGCUUUUCAGACGUAUAAUGAAAACUAUUCUUGUAGCUCAUUAUAAACUUUUCUUGAGGUAUAUUGUACAGUGAAUGUGGACAAGGAUGAAGGUGGAAUUUUGCUGAUAAUGCUGUGCUUCUGUAGACAAUAGAUCAGGAUGAUGAUGAUGAUAUGUAUGAUGACCUUUGUAAAUUUGGACAAUUUCAAAUACACUUUCCCAAAUAAAGCAUUUGUUUCAAUAAA